AUGUCGACAGAAAGCCCCGAAUAUGUUGAAUGCGCCCACGUCAGCGUUCCACAAGAUGACAACUUCACGGACAGGAAAAGGCUGGUGAUAUGUUGCGACGGCACAUGGAACAACUCCAACAACGGCGGAGUACCUACCAACGUCAGCCGCCUCUCUGCUGCAGUUGCACACAAAUGCUGUACUGGCAUGGCUCAAGUAGUGUACUAUCACCGCGGUCCCGGAACGGAAGAGGACAAGUGGGCCAGCAUUAUGGGAGGCCUGCUCGGCCUAGGUGUCACCCAGGACAUUGUAGAUUGCUACCGGUUCAUCUGCGAUAACUACAACCCCGGCGACGAGAUCAUCAUCGUCGGCUUCUCGCGAGGCGCCUUCACAGCCCGCUCGAUCGCAUCCAUGGUCUGCGCGCUUGGAUUCCUCAACCGCUCCGGUCUCAAUAACCUUGGCCUGAUCUACCAGGAUUACAAGGCCUUCAAUCAGUGGACGGACAGUCGCAUGUACAACCCAAAGGAACAUCUCCUUGGUUUCAACGAGGACCAGCUGAAGAUGAAACUCGAAAAGGAAUACAUGGAGGAAAUCGAAGCAGUCGAAGAUGAGUUGUGCGAAGCCGACGACUUGUCCGAGGACAAGGUAUGGGAGCUUGACAACAAGUUGAAUGCCCUCCUCGAAGAAUACGAAGAAGCUUUGAAUCACAAGAACCUGGAGCAACGGCUGGAAAAAGACAAGAAGGAGCUGUUUGAGAAGAUGACUCAAAUGAAACGGGCAGAUGGUAGCAUGAAGUUUCGCCUGAUGGCAGAGGCUUAUCGCCAGCAACUCAGCGAGCAAAUCGGUGAGAAGGUCUGGCAUGAAGCUGUGGAGGGUAAGGUGAACGCAGUCGGUGUAUGGGAAACAGUAGGAAGUCUUGGGAUUCCCAAGGUGCCGUGGGGUUUCUGGCAAGGCAGCCGAAGUGCUGAGGAGCUCCGGUUUGCAAGCUACAACAUUCACCCCAACAUCGAUCACGCGUUCCAUGCUCUUGCCCUCGACGAAUUCAGAACCCCUUUCUCUCCCACGCUGUGGAGACGCAAAAGCUCAAAUACGCAUACUCAGCUUCGUCAGGUCUGGUUCCCCGGAUGCCACAGCAACGUCGGAGGAGGUUCUGAUUCACAGCAAAUUUCAAAGAUUGCCCUAGCAUGGAUGGCGGAUCAGUUGACCUCUGUCGGCGUGGAAUUCAGCAACUGCGAGAUGAAGCGCAUCCUCAGCACAAUCUCCCACGGAGACGAGAUCCGCCCAUGGGGCCUCGGUAAGAUCUUCAGUCCGACAAGUCUGUUGACGACAGGCCCCGACCUCGCUUGGAACACGAUUAAAGCGCCCUAUCUCGCAUACCACGGGCAGUUUGCGGAAAGUUCGGCACGAACACCCGCUUGCUACACAGACGACAACGGGGAAAAGCUUCUAACCAAUACUGAGGAGCUGGUUCAUCCUUGCGUCAGGGUCCGGUAUCUGUAUCAUGGUCUCGGACUAGAUGACAAGUCUGAGUGGCGCUGCAAUGCCCUGUCGGGGCAUGGUUGGAAUCUCAGCGUCGAUAAAGUAAAAACACCAAUCAAGGUUCGGCAAGGCCGGGACCCGAGGAUCGUGGACAAGUAUAAAACCGUCGCCGGCUCCGUCACCGCCGUCCAUCAACAGUAUCCGAAAACUCAAGCCGUGGGGGGCAAGCUCGUGAAGACGGAGCAGCCAUCGGAAUCCGACCUCAAGCAAUUGAAGACCCCGAAGAACACUUGGACCUGGACGCAUCCGAACGGCAAAGUGCUCGGGGAAGAGCAAAUCGGCAUGUGGGAACGCAUGUACAUCGAUAUCAACGACGACCUUGUCAGGUUGAAGGCCAAGAGCGAACACGUAAAGAUGCAACGACGGACGCCGGGAGACCGCCUCAGAGACUUGGCGACGAGCAAGGUGUACAACGCCCUGGGCACGGCGGAGUGGGUUGUCCAGACCUCCAUCGGCGCGUUCGUUGGCGCGCCGCCGGCCAAGAAGUACCCGAUCGGGUACCCGAUGAAGCAUGGGUAUCAUGAUUUUGUGUCCUGGCAGAAAGGACUGAAAGACGGCCCUCCAGAGGUUGACACAUCGGCUGCGACGGACUUCCAUUCGGCUAAGGAUGAUCAAGUCCAUGUCCACUACCACUGGAUGAACGACGGCACACAAUGA